UCCAACAGCAUCAAUAAUAUCGAGUCCUAUAUCUUUCUUCCUUUCUUCCACACUCUCAUCACUCAUUCACAUCACACGCUUCUUCUUCAACCUUUUUUCAUCCCCAUUUUCUUCUCCAGAUCCAACCCAAAACCUCUUCAUUCCACAACACAUUCAACCCAACAUUUCAAACCACAAAAUGAAGUAGUUACAUCUUCUGAACUUCACAAUGAUGGGUUUCAACCCAUCCAAAAAAAUGGGCACCAAAAACAUUCACGAAUCGUCACAGAAAAAAAGAGUUCCAUCAAGAGUCUGGCUAAGCUUCCAAAUAUCAAUGGCAAACCUCGUGGGUGGAAACCAUACAUCAUCAAGGUUUUGUAUCUUCCGUUCAAUCAUGCUAGCAGCCACCAUUUCAAUGGUGGCUCUCUUUCGCGCUUUAUCGGAUUUCGAUUUGGGAAAUUUGGUUCCCAUUGCAAACAAUUUAAACUGUUUUGCAGAUUCUGAUAACCCCAGUUCGAAUUUCUUUCAGAAUCGAUUCUGGGGUAGCAUGGAUUGUGAAAAAGACGUUAACUUGACAGUGAAUGUCGUCACUGAGUUAAUGGGUAAACAGUUUCUGAACUGUGAUGCGAAUACUCUUUGUGUUGGUGAAGGUUCUUCAAUGGCCGUUAAGGCAAUGAAACAGUUGGGUUUUUCAACUGUUAGUGGUGUUUACACCAACCGUUUUUUCACACUCAAUAUGAAGAGAAUCGUUUAUGAGCUGGAUUAUCAAGAUUCUUCAUUUGAUUUCGUUUUGUCUAGAGAUCUUGAUAAGGUUUCUGUACCUGCUAUGCUUGUACUUGAGGUUGAACGUGUUCUUAAGCCUAAUGGAAUUGGUGCAUUUCUUGUUGGUGCUAAAAGUGCGCAUCACAAUGAUUUGAUUCGAUCGGCUACACCGGUUUCGUCGUUGUUGAGAUCUUCUAGUGUUGUUCAUGUUGAUUCUAUUGAUGAUGAACUCAACCUUGUUGUUUUUAAGAAAAGAUCUGAAAAUGUGACAACUUUUUUCAAUCACCAUCAGCUUACUUUACCUGCUGAUUGUCCUAGUUUGGCAUUGACCAAACCUCUUAUAGAUCUGAUGGAGCCUCUUGUGAGUGAGAAACCGAAACCGUCUUGCGCGACGUCGGUUUCGUAUUUGCCGAAGUUUGUAGAUGUUUCUACUAGGAAGAGGUUGGUGUAUAUUGAUAUUGGGGUAGGAGAGCUUUUGAAUGCAAAUGUUAGUGAUUGGUUUCUACCUUCAUAUCCAAUUGAUCAGAAAGAUUUCAAUGUUUAUUUUGUUCACUACAACACUUCGUUAAUGUUGUCUUAUGUGAAGAGACCCGGUAUCACGUUUGUUUAUCACCCUGGAUUAGCCGGCAAGGUCGACACUGCGGCCGAUGUUGAAGACGAUGUGGAAGAUGAUGAAGUGGAUCCUUAUGCUGGGGAGGAAGAGUUUGAUUUCCUUGCUUGGUUCAAAGAAACAGUGCAAUAUGCUGAUUUUGUUGUGUUGAAAAUGAAUGCAGGUGAAGUUGAGCUCAAGUUCUUGUCUGAUGUGUUUGACAGUGGAGCUAUAUGCUUUGUUCAUGAAUUGUUUCUAAGAUGUCCUGAGAAAGGAGAUGGUGAUAAAACCAAGGAAAGUUGCAUGGAUGUUUACAAGAGUCUUAGGAGCAACGGUGUCUAUGUGCAUCAACUGUGGGGAGACUAAAUUGCUUACAAGACAAAACCUUAGGUGUUUAUAGCCUUUGGUGAUUAUGUGUGGAAAAAAAAUAUGCUGUGUUAUUUGAAUUUCUAUGUGUUUGAUGUAAAAGGACUAUAGUCCAACUAUGUGAUGUGUUGUUGUUGUUGUUGUAGUAUGUUGAGGUUACUAUGUAAGAUGCUAUGUCAUCUGAGUGCUAUAUGGUUGGGUGCUUACACUAAAUAAACAACCAUUGUUGUGUAUUUCUGGUUUGCUAGUAAAUUUAUGUGUUGAUUGUUGUUA